AUGUAUUUUAGACGUUCGUUUAGCAGAAAAUCCUACGAUGCAAUUAUUAUUGGAGGUGGUCAUAAUGGUCUAACAGCUGUAAGUUUUUACUAAUGUAAGAUUUUUUCCAAGAUUUUUUCGAAAAAAACCUAUUUUCAGGCCGCCUAUUUGGCAAAAGCUGGCAAGAAAGUUUGCGUUUUGGAAAAACGGCAUGUGUUAGGCGGAGCUGCGGUAACCGAAGAAAUCGUUCCAGGAUUCAGAUUCUCAAGAGCUUCAUAUUUGCUGAGUCUUCUGAGACCUGUAGUUUUACAAGAGCUGAAUCUCAAAAAAUUCGGAUUGCGAUAUCAUAUCAGAAAUCCGAGUUCUUUUACGCCGUUGAGAAAUUCUGAGAAGAGUUUGUUGCUGGGAAUGGAUAUGAGGGAAAAUCAGCGAGAAAUUGCGCAAUUUUCACAGAAAGAUGCAGAGGUUAGUUAAAUAUUUUCGAAUUGAAAUUUCAAGAAACAAUAAUUUUUGUUUCAGAAUUUCCCAAAAUACGAACACUUCAUCUCAGAAGUUGUUCAUGCAUUUGAACCACUCAUGGAUUAUGAGCCAAUCGAUUUACAUCAAAAAUUCCACAAAAUCCUACCUCAACUCUACCUGCUCUACAAAACUGUGCAACCCCUCGGCUUGCGAAAUGCUGUCGAUUUCUACGAACUUAUGACUGCUCCAAUCUCAAAAAUCAUGAACAAAUGGUUCGAAUCCGAUGUUCUAAAAGCAACGCUUGGAACUGAUGGAGUUAUCGGACUUGCCGCAAGUCCAAUGGAUCCUGGAACCGGUUAUGUUCUUCUACAUCAUGUGAUUGGCGGGUUAGAUGAGCAUAAAGGCGCAUGGGGUUAUGUUUUUGGUGGAAUGGGUGCGGUUUCGGAUUCAAUUGCAAAAUGCGCGCUAAGUUAUGGUGCAGAAAUCCACACAGAAAAGGAUGUCAAAGAAAUAUUGAUUGAUGAAAAUCAAGCGAAAGGUGUGAAACUUGUCGAUGGAACUGAAAUAUAUUCAAAAAUCGUGUUAUCCAAUGCAACACCUCAUGUAACAUUCAAUAAUUUGGUCAAUCGCACUCAUCUUCCCAAUGAUUUUCAUACAAGUAUCAAUCAAAUCGAUUACACUUCACCUGUCACUAAAAUCAAUGUGGCUGUCAAGGAACUUCCGAAUUUCCUGGCGAGACCGAAUCAAGGAAAAACACCGCUGCCACAUCAUCAAACAACGAUUCAUAUGAAUUGUGAAAGUAUGCAAAUUGUUGAUGAUGGAGUGAAAGAUUAUCGAAAUGGGGAAUACAGUAAACGGUGAGCGAAUUAUUUAUUCGCCAUUUUGCGCGCUCCAAAUAAAACGACAUAUAGCUCAGUGGCAAGAUUCUUGCUUUUGAAUCGCAGGGUGGCGAGUUCGAUCCCGCGUGCGAACUAUUUUUUCUUUUCCUGAAAAAAAUGUUUUUUCCAGACCUGUGAUCGAAAUGACAAUUCCAUCAUCCGUUGAUCGAACAAUUGUAGAUGGUGAUGGACAUGUUGUUCUACUUUUCACCCAAUAUACUCCCUUCACACUCUCCGAUGGUCCUUGGACUGAAGAGAAAAAAUUAGAAUAUGCCAAGCAUGUUUUCGCUGAAAUCGACGCCUAUGCUCCAAACUUCUCGAGUUCUGUAAUAGGCUAUGAUAUUCUGACGCCGCCAGACAUUCAAAAUACAUUCGGAAUAACUGGCGGAAAUAUAUUUCAUGGCUCGAUGGGACUAGAUCAAUUGUAUAUAACUCGACCCGUUCCGAAAUAUAGCAAUUAUUCGACACCCGUCAAGUCGCUGUAUUUGUGUGGAAGUGGAGCACAUCCAGGAGGUGGUGUGACUGGAGCACCCGGGAGAUUGGGAGCAUUACGGGCGCUUAAAAAUGAGUUUUAA